UAUGAAGCCCUUAGUGUGCUUCUGGCCUUUGCCACAAACAUGAGGUUCAAAUUCCCUCUCAUAGCCAUUGGCCUGGAGGUUGCCAUGAUUGUUUUAUAUGGAUUAUUUGUUCAGUAUGAAACAGAGCAGAAAAAUGUCCAGCAGCUCAAUACCACCAAGCCAUCAGACACGGACAGAUUCCUCGAGUUGUAUCCUUUGUUCCAAAAUGUGCACGUCAUGGUAUUCUUUGGGUUUGGCUUUCUCAUGACCUUCCUGAAGAAAUAUGGCUUUGGCAGUGUAGGCAUCAACCUACUCAUUGCUGCCCUUGGCCUCCAGUGGGGAACGAUUGCACAGGGGGUCCUGCACAGCCAUGGACAGAAAAUUCAUAUUGGAAUUAAAAGCAUGAUAAAUGCAGACUUCAGCACAGUCACAGUUUUGAUUUCUUUUGGAGCUGUCUUGGGAAAAACGAGUCCAAUCCAAAUGCUAAUUAUGACGAUUAUAGAAAUUGCUGUCUUCACUGGCAAUGAAUAUCUUGUUGGUGAGAUAUUUAAGGCUUCUGAUAUUGGGGCAUCAAUGACAAUCCAUGCCUUUGGGGCCUAUUUUGGCUUGGCUGUAGCAGGCGUCUUAUAUCGAUCUAGCCUGAGAAGGGGGCAUGAAAAUGAAGAAUCUGUGUACCACUCAGACUUGUUUGCAAUGAUUGGGACUCUUUUCCUAUGGAUAUUUUGGCCCAGCUUUAAUUCUGCCAUUGCUGAAGCUGGAGACAAACAGCACAGGGCCAUCAUGAAUACAUAUUUCUCUCUUGCUGCCUGUGUGCUCACAGCCUUUGCAUUCUCCAGCCUUGUGGAGCACCGAGGCAAGCUCAACAUGGUGCACAUUCAGAAUGCCACCCUUGCUGGAGGAGUUGCUGUGGGCACUUGUGCAGACAUGGCAAUUCACCCGUUUGGUUCUAUGAUCAUUGGUAGCAUCGCGGGAAUUGUCUGUGUGGUUGGGUUCAAGAUCCUGACUCCACUUUUUGCUACUAAACUGAGGAUUCAAGACACAUGUGGAGUCCAUAACCUACACGGUUUACCAGGCAUCAUAGGAGGCCUUGCAAGCAUUGUGGCAAUAGCCAUGGGAGCAUCUAACACGUAUUCCAUCGCCAUGCAGGCAGCUGCACUAGGUUCUUCCAUUGGAACAGCAGUUGUCGGAGGGCUGAUUACAGGUUUAAUUCUGAAGUUACCCAUCUGGGGACAGCCACCUGACGAGAACUGCUUUGAUGAUUCUGUUUAUUGGGAGGUCCCUCAGAGAGAUCACAACAAUCACUUCCAUGGACAUGGCAACCACAACCAAUUGGAACCUGAGGUCUAAAUACCAUGCCAGUGUACCAGUUUCCUUGCCCAUCAUUUAGAAUAAGUGUAAAUAAACAAAAAUGCUGCAUGCAGAGAGAAGAUGAACCAAGAUGGACAGACCUCAGGCCCCAAAUGACCAGUGUAAAAGUAUCUUUACUUCUGGUGAUAUCUCUUGAUAGUCAGUGACUGUUUAGUUGAAGGGGUGCAACUCAUAAAAUAGAUGGUCUAAUUCAUUGUAUCUAGGGCUCCCAGAGCAUUCUUGCCAGAAGGUAGGUACAGGGUGAUCAUUCUUUAUAUAUUUUUGUGUUUUUACCAAUAGAGAUUGGUUUACAUUAAUAUUUUCUGAUCAUGUCAAUUUAUUAAUGUAGAUACUACGCCUUCAAUCCUAUAGCUUAUAAAACUGAAACCAAUGAAACAACAAUAUAUGUAAGAAAUCUAUGUAAGAAAAACGAAAAAGAGAAUGUUUCUAUAUAUACAACAGUAAUAUGAUUGUUUUCGGUAGAACUUUAUUGAUUUUAAAAUGACCUAGUUCGUAAUGUUAUGUCUUCACUUGAAUAUUCUUAUGCUUAAUUCCUUUUGCAUGUUUACUAUUUACAAGAAGAAUUCAAACACUUUCAGAUAAAAAUUUAGUUUUUACAAAUUUUAAUGAAUUAAAU